UUUUCUUUUUCUCUUCUAUUUUACGCUAAGCGUUUCUAUAUUCUAUGAUACCCAAGCUGAAACUCAACACAUUUCCACAUGGUAUUUUCUCAGUCCUAGGAGAAUGAGGGUAUUGCACAGUAGAGUAGCAACCCCUUCAAAUUUACGAUUUUACCACUCCUCCAACCACCCCUCUCUAAAAACCCCAUUUCUUCUUCUUCCCCAAUUUCCAUCCCUUCAAAAAUCAUCCUUUCGUUCACAUUCCCUCAAAUAUAGCACCUCUUUCUCAUCUGGGUCUGUGAAAAAAGCAUCAAUGGCGGCUUCUUCUCCAUCCACGGAGGCAGAGACCAAGCCCUUCUCUGUUCUCUUUGUGUGCCUGGGCAACAUCUGCAGAAGCCCAGCUGCUGAAGGGGUCUUCAGGGACUUGGUGAAGAAAAGGGGUUUGGAUUCCAAGUUCAAGAUUGACUCUGCUGGAACCAUUGAUUACCAUGAGGGAAAUCAAGCAGACCCAAGAAUGAGGGCAGCCUCUAAAAGGCGUGGCAUUGAGAUAACUUCUUUAUCUAGGCCAAUCCGGCUGCCUGAUUUUAGAGAUUUUGAUCUUAUCCUUGCAAUGGACAAUCAGAACCGAGAUGAUAUAAUAGAGGCGUUUAAUAGGUGGAAAUUUAGAGAACCUCUACCCGAGGAUGCUCAUAAAAAGGUUAAGUUAAUGUGUUCUUAUUGUAAGAAACACGAUGAAACUGAAGUACCGGACCCUUAUUAUGGUGGACCGCAAGGUUUUGAGAAGGUUUUGGAUUUACUUGAAGAUGCAUGUGAAUCAUUGUUGGACAGCAUCUUGGCUGAGAACAAACACAUUUUGGAUUCCUGAACUCAAUGUUGAAAGCCAGUUGAUCCAUUGUUGGGGUUUGGAUUGAUCGGCAAAAUUGCCAUUUUGCAUAAUGCUUGUUGCGUAAAGCAGCUUUUUGCUCGUGAUCUGAAGCCGUUUCAUAAGAUCCAUAUUGCCAUUUGUAAGUGAACGGUAGCUUCAAAUUGGAUUUAUUGCUACCUUCGCUGGGUCAUUGUAAAAAUUGGUGUAUUACUUGAUUUAAUCAUGGAACCGGGAUAUCGCUGUCAAUUUUUGAGUCAAGUAGUUUAACCCGACAAAAAAAGAAAUGAAAAGUUACUCUAUUACUAGUU